CCUUCUAACGAGUAGUCAUUGUUUUUCUUUCCGUAUAAUUAGUGUUGAUUGUAAAUUCAAACUUUCAGAGAAAUUGACGUUCGAGUAGCCUAUGCAAAAUUAUAAGCAGUGCUUUUUUCCGAGAACAAGUGUGAUAAGGAUUUAUUAUGUAGCAACAACGGUAAAAGACUAGAUCCAAAGCAAACAUCCAAUAGUAUGCAGAUCCAGUAAUCAAUCUGCACAAUGAGUUCAAACCCAGAUAAAACAUACAAUACAAUGAAUAUUGAUGCAGAACAUAAACUGGACAGUCUUAGUUUGUUUCAAAAGCAAGAAGCAGCCACAAACCAAGGAAAAACAAUGUACACUGUAGACAAUUCUUAUCUUUGUACAAAACUCCGUCAGCUGAGGAAUGACACAAAACUUGCUGAUGUUCGCUUUCUCUUAAAAGAUGGCUCUGAGUUGUUAGGCCAUAAGGCUAUUGUGUGCCAGUACAGCCCUGUUGUGGCUGCCCAAGUUACUUACCUAGUAGACCACAUGGUGAUGGUGAACUGUGCAGAGUUGGACACCGAGCAAGAUAUUCUUCCACAUAUCCUCAGAUACAUACUGGAUUAUAUGUAUGGUCAGACAGUUAACAUUCCAAGUGCCGAUAUACAACAAGUAAUGAGACUGGCUAUCAAACUAGACAUGAAUGAUUUCCUACUUGAUUGUGAUUCAAGUCUCUUUCAGAACAAAUCAUCAGAUCAGACUAAACUUAAACAGCGAUUAAGAAGUCCAAAAUUAAACAAUGACAGUGCUACUGAGGUACUUGGUGAUACUAUGAAUAUAUCAAGUUGUGAUGUUAAUGUUAAGCAAGAAGUAGGACAUGAUGAAACAAUUGACUCUCAGCAGUUUUACCCCUCUGAUGAUAACACAGAGCCCCUGGAUUGUUACUACCCUCCUCCAUCCUCUGAAACUGGAAUACAGGAGGGUGAUGAUUUAGGAGAACCAGGCUGUGUGGUUAAUGUUAAACAGGAACUUGUGAAAGAGCAUGAAGACUCCUACAUUGAUGAUGGGCUGACUUACCCUAUUAGUGAUAACGCAUAUGAAGAAGAGGCUGCAAAUACAGAUUCCACCUACUCUACACGAUCAAAGAAAAGAAAACUAACAAAGAAUGCAAAGAAAAAAAGGCUUCCAGGCAGACCAUGUACAGAGUGUUCAAAAAGAUUUCCCACAUAUGCUAAGGUUGAUGAACACAAGAGGAUGGUCCAUUCAUAUGCAUCAGGUAAACAGUGUACCAAGUGUGGUGAAACAUUUGACACCUACAAGCUUGUAGCUGAACAUAAGCGAUUGGCCCAUGGACUUCUGACAUGUGAUAUCUGCUCUAAAAGCUUUUCUAAUGAACCUUACCUGGCUAGGCAUCAAAUCCUACAUACAGGGGAACGGCCAAUUAUAAUCUUGGACAAAAAAGGUGACUUAGUCUUUCAAUGUGAUUCGUGUGAUGUCCUUAUUCCUGUUGAGAAAUCAUAUGUGGCAGCAGCAUCUAUAUCAAGCCAUGCCUAUGUGAAACAUUUAAAGAUUCAUCAUGGUGAGAAACCUAUCAUUUGUAAAACUUGUGGUUCAAGAUGGUCUCAAAUGGCUGACUAUGUGUGCCACGUUUUUUCACAUACAGAAUCAAAAAUGUGGCCAUGUGAUGUUUGUGAUAAAAGAUUCGUGUCGAAUUAUGGUGUGAAAGUUCAUAAGAAGGAAGUUCAUGGAACGAAUGUUCAUAUAUGUGAAACGUGCGGGCAUAAAUUUCGGAGUUUGCAAGGUCUAGUUGGACAUUGUAAAGCCCUCCAUGUAGACCAAGACUUGAAUAUUCCAUGUGAACAAUGCCACCGGAGAUUUAAAACUGAAUUUCUGCUUAAGCGGCACUUUAGAGAGAGCCACACCAGCGUACAUCUGUGCCCAGAAUGUGGCAAUCACUUCAGUAGGAAAGUUUAUCUAGAUCAGCACAUGAGGAUUCACACUGGUGAAAAACCAUAUGAAUGUGUCGGUUGUGGAGACCGCUUUACCCAACGUGCAGGGUUAAAAUCACACAGAAAGAGCCAUCCAGCUUGCAACAAAGCUCUCAAAGAAGGCAUGCCAAAGUACAAGAUUCAUCGCACGAUGCCUUUGGUUAAAAAGAAAAAACCAGAAUGUUUGUACGAAGCUAAAACAUUGAAACUUAUGCAUGUACAAAAUGGGACUGAUGUUAUACACCCCAAUGAAACCCAAGCUGCUGCUGAUACCAUCAUCACAAACAUGGAGACCUAUGCCAAUGAGAAGCAAACUAAUCUAGAGAGUUCUUUAGGGACUUUAGGGGUACAGGAAGCCAUAUUUUCUGGUUCAACUCAACCUUGUGUACUACCUAAUCUUAUCACAUCAACAUAUAGUUUGCCUGGCUAUGACCCAAAUGUUGUGCCAUGGAAAAUAUGAAUAUUUUCAUACAUGUUAAAUAACAAAACAUUAUCAAACUUUCAUGUAGCAUAAUUUCAUUAAAAUCAAAAAUGUUAAUGCUGUUUGUAGUAUAAGAAAUUGUUAUGUAAGCAUUAGCGCUACAUGUAAUAUUUCAUCAUUGAAAUGAUACUUUCUGUAUUACAUGUAUACAAAAUUGUUACAUUGCUUACAAUUAAGUCUCAAAUACUUAUUGUUGAAAUUAUAUCAUUUUAUUAUUA